GAUAUCGAAUCUCGUUUUCUCGGUAUUAUAAAUUGAAAUUAUGUUAACCUGUAAAACAAUAUUAGCUCUCAGAUGGUAAAAGGAUUAAAAUUUAAAGAUGGAUUAGAAUUUUUUCAAAGAAUACCUAAGUUUAUACAGUGCAAAGAGAAUGAUCGCAAGUACAUACAAGUAAAAGCAGAAUAUUUUCGUAUCAUGUCACUCGUAUAACGUUAGUCUUGCGUAACAUACGUUUGAGAUAAAGAUAUAGAACAAAGUUAAUGGAAACAUACAAAUUUUUGUGUGCUUUCUUCACUGAUAUCUUUAUUUCCACAUCUUAAAGAGGAAGGUAUAUAGAUGUUCGUACAAUGAAAAGGAUACAAAAGUUGUAUUUUUUAUUUUUUGAAUGAGAAACGAGGAUGAAUCGGUGUUGAAACUUUUACGUUGAAAACAAACCGAAAAUUUGGUCAAAUAUAAUACUAUGGAGGCGCACAAGCCACACGUGUACUUACGCACGCGUCAAAAGUAAUUCCAUUGAAGGUUGCAUGAAUGGGGAAAAAGUAUUUGAACGAUAGAAAAAAAAAAACAGGGGAAGAGAAUCAAGUACGAAUUAGAGUUCGAGAUUGGCAACUCGGUAAAUGGGUCGCGAUACUAAACGUUAUCUAGCGUUGGUCAUUGGCCAGUGAAACACGUUUAAGAAGACCCGAGAGUAUUUUGUAACACGCCUAAUAAUAGUAAUAAUGGUACUGGUAGUAACAGUACAAAUAGUAAAAAGAAUUUCUCUAUUUUUCAAUUCUUUUCAUUUCACAUGGAAAUAAUUAUAACAAUAGAAUUAAUGAUUGAUUUAACAAUUUUCAAGAUUUAUUUCGUUAAAUCGAUUCUUGCACGUAAAUUUAUUGUUUUCGAAAUCGAUACGUGCCGGCCUUGAUCGACAUAGUAAUCGGUAUUGUGCACCAAACAAGUUACUUCUUUUACUGCUUGUACGUUACGUUAUAUUACCGAUGAAUACGACCUAUGAACGCAAGAACACGGGUGCGUUGAGAUUAGCGAAAGUACAAGGGAAAGUGAUAACAGUAAAAAGGUAGAAAGAGAGGGGAGGUGGUGUGGGGGGUAACGAUAAACGGUAGAGAAGAAUAUGGAGGCCUGGAAAAGACGACAGGAAACGCGUAUUCCGUAAAACGAUCGUAGCAUGCGUCGAGUCGCGUCACAUCGUUUCGUGCGAUCGUCGUAUCUUUGGCUUGUUACGUAACCGAUAAUACAUACAAUAUACAUAGUAUGUAGUCAUAGUCGAUGGUGCCACUCGUCGUCUCUCGGCUGCUCUCGAUAAUUUCCGAGAAUUUUUGGGUACCUCUUUAUCGACCGAUCGACGGAGAUCGAUCUAUCGAAACAGAACGUUUCCCCCAAAAGGUUAAUAAAAUCGAACAAAAUUCGAUUGAGCUAAAUUUAAUUUUUAUAAACGUUCUAAAAAUGAGCCUGAAAUUAUGGGAAAUUGAGGUUAUAUAUCGAUCAAUUAAAAAAUGAGUAAACAAACGAACAGAUCGAAAACUUUUCUUCUCUCUCUUUUGCUUUCUCUCUUUCCCUCUCUUAAUAAGUUUUGUAUCGAAUGAUUUUACGAUCAACGAUGUUACGUACAACUUUUUACGCACACACACGGUACACAAUAGCUUCGGUAGCGAGCAGUUCAUUAAUAACACGAGUAGAAUACAUUAUCGUAAUCUUUAGCCCUUUCUUUGGGUUACUUAUUUAACGUUUGAGGUUAUCAUGCGAAACGUCGUAAGAGGCUAUCGCAGAGGCUAUCGUAGAUGGAAUGCAUCGUAAAGUUUCACCGACACCGGUAGCGAUGUAAUAUCGAUACAGUUCAGAUAAAUUGUAUCCGUGUGGUUCGUCGCUGUCCAAUCGUAAAGAUCGUCAGUUUGAAUGAAGCUAUUUUCACCUCUUAUCUUUUAUCUAGGAUAAUUUUUUUAUCUUCAAAAAAUGUUGAUUAAAAAUGAACGGUGAAGUAUAUACAGGUGUUAAUGUUUGAAAUGGUUAGAUAGCUGGAAAUGAAAUGGAAAGAUUGUUGAGUAGCCGAAGUAAAGCAGUGAAAAUCGAAGUCACAGCCGCAAAGCGAGAACCGUGCGGCUCAAAGGCCGCGGCUAAAAUCGUUCUAUACACUGACCUACGAGGAAUGUUCCUCUCCUCUUAAAUCGACGUUUCAUUGCGUGUCAGAGAUUCGGAGCUUGAUCGAAACUUUGAAAGUUCGAAACAUCGUUGAAUAAAGUUCCAUGGAUGAAAUGCGCGCCCGGUGACGCUCGUCCGUUCGGUUAUCGUCGAUCUGACGGGAUAGCCGAUCGAUUUUCACUUUUUCUUCCGAUUAGCUACCGAAUCGACCGAACUUCUUUUCGCGCGUCGAUAUACAUAUUUUAUCUGCCGUACGAUUCGUAAAUCGAUCACCAUCGUAGAAGCGACGAGCGAGUACUCGACUUUACCUUAAUGUUUUCGCGGGUUUUUGCGAGUUUCUGUUUGUACCCCGAGUGAAUUUUUUACAGCGAGCAAAAAGAAUCGACUCGCUUCGGUCGGUUUCUACGUGGUUUCGGUUAGCAGUGGAUAGCUAACGAGAGGUACAAAUUCGUUUCGUAGUUGCACGCACAAUCUGGCAUUCGCUUAAACCGUUUAAGGAAACUAACAAAUGCUCGCAAAGUAUUUAGAAACGAGAUACUAAACGAUUUCUAUGUGUUAUUGCUAUGGUCAAAAAAAAAUUUCGUACCGACAAAGAGAAAUUUUGUCGAAUAUUUAGGCGGAUUUCUCUUUCUGAACGUAAAUAUUCGAAAAAGCUGUUUGUCUUUUUACGAUACAUACUUUACCUUGCAUACCAGAGAGAGAGAGAAAGAGAGAGAAUAUAGAUACAUAGUAAAAGUGAACGAUGAUAAGGAAGAAAAAUGUUAUGUUAAACCGAAGGAAAGGACGAAUCGUCAGAACUGAAUGAGAGUAAAUUUAAUACUGAUCGGAUAAAAUUGUAGGAAAAGCUAAGGAACAAGACGAUAAGCGUGUGUUAUCGUGUUGGAAGUGUAUCGUCAAUCGAAACGAAGGUACACGAGGGUUGAACCGAUAAGAUAUAAAUACCACCGGUAUACCUUAUCUAAGACAAGACGUUGGAUCUGGGAAAGAUAGCGAAUACUGAAAACCGACAAGAUGAAUUUUCUCCGCGUAUCAUCUUAUUUCGUUUUCCUUUCUUUUUUUUUUCAAAUUGAAAAAUGAAAUAUCGUUUGAUUAAACGUACCACCAAUCUCACGAUGCUCGAAGCUCGUAACUUUAUCUCGUAUCUUGUAUCUCUUAGUUUUUACUUAGUCGUGUCAUUUUUUCUACACUCAAGAUACGAUAAACGUGUAAAAUUUCCUUUCUGUUUUUUUUUAUCAUGUUCGCAUUAACGCGAUAACGAUCGAUCCGAUUUAUAUCGUGAGAGUAUUAUAAAUAACCUGUUCUCUUUCUAAACAAGAAACACGUAAAGAAAAUUGCGAGAUAACUGAUAUUGUAUAAUACCUAAUAGGAGAAAUUUGGGAAAGAUCGUCGGCCGGAAAGUAGACGGAUCCUGUUUACUAAGUGAAAAGCGUGUUAAGACACUCUAAGAUUACGUUGAAGAUUCGAAGGAAUAUUCGACAUGAUACACUCGAAGCUUGUCAAAGACUGGAUUAAAUAAAGUACAUAGUCGAAUUGACGGAGGGAACGCGUUUCCCGCCAACGGGCAGAGGGAAGGAACGGUGGGAGAUUGUGCGCGUGUGCGCUUUACUUUAGUAGGACACCCGGCCAACGGAUCUGGUUGUAAGCCCCGACGCGACGCGAACGUCUAGAUGGCGGGAAAGUGGCGCGUAUGUAUGCUGAAUGGUGGAGCUACGAUCGAGAGAGCGUAAUGGCUGGCUGUCGAAAUCCAAGUAUACUUGAUGUUACGAGAGUCCGUAACUGCGAAAAGACCAGUUUUCGUUCUUUUCUGCGCAUCGUCGCUCUGAUUGGCGAUACCUCCAGAGGAAGUGGAAAGCGAUUGGCGGAGAGCUCGCUGCGUUCCCCCACCACCUUCCAACCUGCGCGCUUAGUUAUGGACUCUCGUGGCAUCAAGUAUAUAGCUACGGCGUCGAGUGGAGAGAUGCACGAAGUACGAAAUACGGAAUAGGGUAUCACGCACGCAGGCGCGCGCGCGCGCAAAUCUUUCUCUUUCUCUCCUACUGCAUACGCGCGCACAUGCCAUCGCUCUCGCAUUCUCGCGUUUGACUUGUCUCUUGUCAGACCUCUCUGUCAAGCCGGCUUCCGAACACGAUUGGCCCAGUCGCGUUUCGGAUGUCGUGCAGCCGGGUUUCAACGGUUUUCGAAAUUUAGUGCCAAUAUCGAGAGGUUUUCGAAUUGAUUAAUCAACCUCGUCCUUCGAUCGUAAUCUCGUUAACAGCCGAAACUAAGAGGCGGAAAGCCGAUAGUGUGUUUUCGAUUCCUAAAGUAACGUAACGAUCAUUUUCGUUGCCCCGAUUCGAUUUCGGGCAAGGUUUUACAUGCCCAGAGAACGUAUCGGCGCGACGAUGCUAAACGUUUGCCGAUCUUUAGAAGAAUGAGCGAGCAGAAACUCGGUACGAUAAAACGAUUAAAGAGGAACGGUGGUAAAAUCGAUUCGAUCGGUAUCGUUGAUUUUACCGAUUUUACGUUACAACGAAAUAUUUAAUCGAGAGGAACGGACGCGGCCGAUUUCGUUGGCGAUGAUCGACGAUGGUCGGAAAGGGGCGGGGGGAAGAAGAUCAACGGAGGGAAACUGUUUCUUUGCAAGCUCGUGAAAUGCGUGCAGCUGCGUUGGAAAAAUGAUUGGUACAACGCGACGAUACUACUAUUGCCAGUGUUGUUUUCGUUAAGAAUCGUAUCGUUCAGUAAUCGAACGGAGAAAAAUGGCGGAGAGAUAUUUCAUUCUUAAACGUGACACUUGAUAAAACGAGGGAAACGAGGUAAACCGAGAGUUUCAAAUCUUUUGUAUUUACGGAAAAACGAGGAUGCCUAACGAACGGAGAGUAAACGCAAAUGAAUUGUAACGAAUAACGUACCGACGUCUGAUGAUAGGAAGAAGAGAAAAAGACACGUGAAACGAUCGAACGAGAUCCGAGCCGUCUUAAUAAAAUUAUCCUUCAAAUUGCCAAUCGCAAAGUUUCACGUUUUUUAAAGAAGACGUAUCGUCGAGUUUCCUAUUCGGUUCUUGCAACUACAAGAACGCUAUGUUACCGCCGGCCGCCCUGAAUUUGGAACAAAAAGACAGUACCGAUAAAAUAACAGGUACACAACAGCAAUAUCUUCGUCAGUAUCGUAACCACUAUUAUCACGAUCAUCCGCAUCAACGUCAUCGACAUUCACAGAAGCAGCAAGAAUGUCACCGUCGACGUCGACGUCGUCGUCGUAACAACGAUCAUCACCACCACCAUCGUCACCACCAUCAUCAUCAUCAUCGACGCAAGCAUCAACAUAAUCACCAAAACGAACAGCAGGAGCAACAACGUAAAAAUACGGAUUGUCGUCGCGCUAUAUCGCCAUCGACUACGUCGUCGAUACCGUGUAACGACAAUUCGUCGUCCUCGUCUCAACGUUUAAGUAUGUUCGUGACAGCAAGGGAACGUUUUCCUUCAUCGAGUAGCACCGACGACGACCAAAGCGGUUCCGACACGGAACACGACUCGAACGCGUUACGCGGCAAAGUUCACUCUGGAAUACUUCAUCACUCUGGUACCCACUCCGUACGAAAGCGUCGAGGAAACUUACCAAAGCACUCGGUGAAAAUUCUGAAACGAUGGCUUUACGAGCACAGAUACAACGCGUAUCCGAGCGACAGCGAAAAAUUGACGCUCAGUCAAGAAGCGAAUCUCACGGUACUCCAGGUCUGCAAUUGGUUCAUAAACGCCAGACGACGAAUUUUACCUGAAAUGAUUCGAAGGGAGGGUCACGAUCCUUUGCAGUACACGAUAUCACGUCGUGGUAAGAAGAUGCCUGCGGGAAGCCAUCAACAGUCGUCCGGCGGUCUUGGUUCGAGGUCCAAUCAAAAUUGGGAUUCGUUGGCUGGUAUGAGUGCACCUAAACGUAGCAGGGACCACGAUUACGAAGAUCCUGCAGGAUUGAUGUAUCGAAGCGAAGAGGACAGUCCGAACGAUUACGAGAGCAGUUCACACAGCGAGGAAGAACGUCCGUCUACUCAGUGGCCGAGCGUGAUAGUUUAUCCUUACUCGGAGACAAAAAUUGAGCAAAACGUUGGACAACAGCUUGGCGUUUACGAAGAAACGAUUGCAGCUCAUCCUGCGCGACGAGGCAACGACGAGGACGAGUCGUCGGUAGGAAACAACGAGGCUGCUUAUUGGAGCGCACCUAGACAGCAUCUAAUUCAAACUGCUAACAUACAGCACGAAACGGAAACGUAUGGUACCCGUAAUGGUCACAACCCUCGUACGGACGAAACACCACCGCCAACGCCACCCGAAGAAGAUAAAGACAAAUUCAAGUGUCUUUACUUACUGGUCGAAGCAGCUGUUGCCGUGCGACAACAGGAAAAGGAGCGCGAGGGGGCUGUACCGGUUUAACGAGUGCUGUUUCACCUAGCUUACAUCGAUCUUUCUUAGCUUCCGGUUUCGUUACUCUCCUUCGUGUACACCGAAAAAGUUAUUUCGCUUUGCUACCGUUCUUGGGUCUACACACGACCUUUUUUUCAUGCCCCGCCUGAUAAUAUUCUUUCGUUGUUACCAGCAAUUUCUUUUCGCAGUUUAUAAAUACGCGAUGGAUCAUCAGACAAGAGCGAAAAUACUUCUCGACAAAUGUUUUUCUUUGCAUUGCUUUAGUCUUUUACCUAAUUUCUUCUUGCAACGGGAACAAAAGAACAAAAAGCAGACAGAAACAGAAAAGAAGAAGAAAGAGAAUUUUAAAGGCUGUCGAUGCUCUAAAAAGAAAAGGAGAAAGAUGAAGAAGAAGAACCGACGAUGCAUCGAUUAAAUUGCUGAAUAUGACGAUGCUCUCGAUAUAGUGUGACUUUUUCUUCGACGUACACACGUAAUUUUUCACGCGAAAUGCCGUCAUUUUAAGAUCGCACAACGAACAUUUUUAAAGGUACAUGUACAAAAGUGUGUUGGAAUGCAGCAAUCUCAGUAUUUGUUGUGUGUUCUCUAAAGCGAUCGAUAAACUUAUGAACGAAGAACGAAUUUAACGGGCUGAAAAAUAAUGUCCCUAUUAUUUUCUCAAGAUAACGAAACGUCCUCGUAAAUGAGAACAGGCUUCCAAUAGAUAUCGAUCGAUCUCGAAUCCUGCAUGUAUGUCGUGUCGCGUGAAAAUUGUUUGCAUAUCACGGAUUUGUUACGAUCAAGAAAACGCGUUUUCUUUUGUUUUAUUUUUUUCUUUUUUCAACGGACGUUUCCGUCGAUACGUACUUUAACGUGAGAUUAUCGGCCAAAUAAGUGCCAAAAUAUGUAUAUACAUAUUAUACGUGCACGUAUAAUAUUGAAAACAAACGAUUUAACAAUUACGAUGAGCGAAAUGUUGACAAAUUUGACGAAUCAAAUAUCGAACGAUAUUCUCUGGUAAUUGUUAGGACGCGACGGACAUGUUCCUGUUCUAACACUCGUGAGGGGAAAGGGAGAAUUAACGGAAAGAAUUGAGUAAAUUACAUAUUACUUACAUAUACCAAUACGUGCAAAGCAUUUGAGCGUUGUACUCUUUGAAAAAUCAUACGCGCGUUUCCCUCUUCCUUCGGAAAUCAGAAGAAAACGUAUUGAAAACGGCGAUGUUUUCAACAGCGUAAACUGCUCGGAAACGUUUGUUAGGAAUAUGUGCUUUGAAACGAUUUUCAUGCAGAUUCAAGCUCAAUAAUGUUUCUUCAGCCAAGACGAGAUAAAAAUUAGCCAAAGAACAACGUCUAAAGCAUUUUUGUUGCGCGUUCUCUUUUACAUUUAUUUUGUCCGUUUGUUGGUUUAGCACCGAUAUUAACGACCGAUCGACAGAAUACAGCACUGAUAGCCAUUCGUCUUUUCCUUUCAUGUUUCGACUGGUUAUUUUAAAACAGUACUUAUAGACUAACUAGUACGUUACUUUACGCGUACAGUUGAAUGCUGUUUUAAUUUUUCAUUUUAUUUUUUUCUCUUUUCAAAGGGUCGUUAACGUUACAGCAUCGCACGGUAAUUUGUAGCAAUUACGAUUGCGUUUACAUUCGCAUUUAUACAUUAGACGAAUAAGACUGGUCGAAAAGAGAUUUACAGAUCUUUCGACGCGUUUGCCUAUGACCGAUACACACGUAUCUCCCUUUCCUCCGUUAAGCGGUUGAACAAUAAUAUGUAAUCAAUACCGCCGAUUAAAUCAAUCGUUUGUGUUAAUUGCGAGCGAUCGUUAUCCCAUUCAAGGAUACAUAAAGGAAUAUUUUUCAGGAUAUGCGAGACGCCGAGACUCGCCGAAGCAGCGCUGCUCAUUUUAUAUUAUUGGUAGUUGGAUUCGAUAUACAAUAUUAUAGAGAACAAAGUAUAAGUUCGCGUGCUUAUUAACAGAGAUAUACAAUUAAUAGAUGAUAAGUAUACACAUAUAUAUAUAUAUAUAUACACACGUAGAUUUAUGUUACAACCACAUCCGUUCGUUGAGCAUGUGUGACGCAAAGCCUCGAAUUGUGAAAGAUUCGUUAAUUGAAGAUUCGUGUCGCAAAUUCGUGUCACGAAUCGCGUACAGAAGAAUCAUUGGUACAAACGCCAAAGACUUAACCGUUAGUUAUAUCGAUAAUUAAGCUCUUUAAAACAGUUCACAUAGACGAGUCGAGCCCGUUUUGCCGAACACGUAGUUAGUAAUAAAAAUAUGUUUUGUUGUGUGCCCGAGCGUUUGAGAAAAAGAAAAAAAGAAAAAGAA